AAUAAAUAUAGUGAAUUGAGUUUCUGUCAAUAAGAUAUCACUAAAAAUGGCUUCUCAAGUAGCUGCUAUGCCGAAAACGGCCCAAAAAAUCAAAAAACUUGUACCGCUGUUCAAUCGGAUCCUGAUCAAACGUGAUGAUGCUCCAAAAGAAACUAAAGGCGGUAUCGUACUGCCCGAAAAUUCAAAAACCAAAAUCCUUAAAGGUACGGUUGUUGCUACUGGUCCAGGAACCCGAACAGAAAAAGGUGAAAUACUACCUAUGUGCGUGAGAGUUGGCGAUGAGGUACUUUUGCCCGAAUACAGUGGUGCAAGAGUUCAAAUGGACGAAAAUGAGACCUACUUCAUGUUCAGAGAGUCUGAAAUAUUAGCAAAAUUCGAGUAAAAUGUUAUUUUUGCUAGAAAGCACUUACAAAUUCCUGUUAAUGUUUAAUAUUUUAUUGGUGUACUAAUUGACAUUUUUUUGAAAUUGUUUAAUAAAAUAUUUUAUCUAAU